UGAAAUAAACAAGAUGUUGAAUUUUUCUACUUAAACUUUAAAGUAUAUUGUAAAUUAUGGAAAGUACAAAAUCACAUGAUACAAUAUUUGCGUUUCAAAACAGAGAUACUCAAAGCCAAUGGUCAGAGGUAUGGUCAACUACUCACAUUCCUGCGUUGGAUAAUGCUUCUGGAGGUGCAAAAGGUCCUGAUGGCCGCCGCAAACUGCGACUGGGUUCGCUUGCCCUCGGGGCUUUUCUUACUAUGCAUUGUCGAGUUUCUGCAUCAGCGCUUACAGGCGGAUUUUUUGUUUUCAUGUUGUUUCUUAUCUUGGCAACGGUGGUGCUUGCAAAUCCAUUGCGUCAUUUCGAAGUGUACCUUGGCCAGUGGAGUAUCAGCGGACCGGGUCGUGCUUUCCGCAUUCUACCAAUGUUUGAAGGUAUCGGUAUAGCAAUAUGUAUCAAUGCAUUAGUGCGCGCGAUUGUUUGCUGUACGAUAGCAGCUAUAACUGCCAUCUACGUGACGCAUUCCGUUGCUGAUUCGAAAUUACCAAUUACUUAUUGCAGGGAUUUCAACCUAAAGCCAUAUGAUCCAAUCCUGAAAGAAAUUAAGAUUUUAAUGCUGAAGGAAAGAAAGUCGAGAUUUUCCUUAGCGACCGGAGAAUUCGCAAAAAAUGAAAACGUUAUAGAACACGUCACAGUCGGUACACGCGAUUUUGCAUGGAGGAACGCAAGUCAUACAAAACUUCAAAAUAGAAAAAGGCCGCAACAAAACAAAACAACACCAGGCGGUUCUUGCAAAAAAAUAGAAGUAUGCAACGAAAACUACACUAUAGGAUAUCCUAUUCUUUGCAGCACUCCAGCAUAUAAUUUUUUUUACGUGGAAGUGGUUUUGUUUCGUGAAGACUAUAACUUCGGUCAGUUCAAUAUGCCGUUGGUGUUAUCUAUAAUCAUAAUUUGGGUUGUCCUGUGGUUAUUGCUGGUUGCAGAACGUCUGAAUCAUGGCAAGCUUAUUUGGAAUAAUAUGUCUUCGUGCCUUGUAGUCAUACCCUGGAUAUGGGCGGUGUUGCUGCUGAUCUCUGCAAUUAUUAACCUUGCUUCUAUGCCCGAAGCUUUGCGAAAUGUCUUUAGAAUUGGUGCUAAAGAAAUUCUUGCGGGAAUGGCGGACGCAUUAGAGGUAGCCCUCUAUAUACAUUCAGCGAGUGUUGGAACAGAGAUAAUUCAUGGAAAAGGACUAAAUCAUUACGCAUCUGGGCACAUUGACCCGGUCUUCGGCGCAGAGAACGUGUGGCACAGCGGAUUGUUGCUUCUGAUGACCGCGUUGCACGCAACUGGUGCUGCGACCUGCGCCGUAGUCGACUGCAUCCAACCCAACACGAGGAAACUGUAUGAUCUGAAUGAGAGCACAUUGUGGAUAAUUCCUAUGUACUCCAAGUGUACAUUGAUCAAUAAUUAUUCGCAUUUCAUGUCGGUACUCAUAUUCAGCGGACUCACGUUUUCCUACAUGACCGUCGCGUUUGCUCUGGUUAAGACAUCGUUACAUACUAUAUUCGAAUAUAAAGUUCAAUUAGUGUUCGCAGAACAAAUUGUGGUAGCCGGCAUUAUACUUAGCUGCAUGGGAUUGAGCCUUCUAUUUGCCACUACUGGUGGUGUAGCACUGCUAGAGAGCGUGGACGCGAUAAUGACGGGUGUGGCGAUGCCUUUUGUCUGUCUGCUGGAACUUGUGGCUCUGAUAUACGUUUACCGGAGCGACGACUUCGUAUCCGAUAUGAAUCUAGCGACCGAAGAAAAUGCAUGCGCCUCAAGAAUUGACACUCAGUGGCAGAUGAUACCUGCCAUAACAUUGCUCACACUCAUUAUGAAGCUGACGGUACUAUGCAGCGCGGAGAUGCCGAACUCGCUUAUGUGGAUCUCUACCAUAGUGUUGGCGGCCGUAGUGCUCGCAGCGCCGAUACGCGCUGUGCAGAAUAUUUACAGCUUCCUUCAAGCCAGACGCAAUGCACAACGCUAACACAUUUAUAGGGUAGCAAGAAGAAGUAACAAGAACUUGAACUGCGAAAGCGAAUUAUGAUUAUUUUAUUCUAUGUAUGGAAUUUCCCAAACACGCAUCGCGACUAAACCAUGCGAUUUUAGAUAAUUUUAAUGGCGAUCCUAGAAUAGAAUAGCAUCAAAAAUGCAUAACAAAAUAUUAGUACGAAUUUAAUGUGCACGCGCAUGAAAUUUGUAUCAAACCACAGAUUUAUUCACCGCGGUUUUUUCGCUGGGCGGGUUAGCUCUGUGUGAAAUACACAUACAUUUGUCAGCAUUGAUUCUUAUUUGGCACACACAAAUUUAGCAGAGUGCUUUUCAAAUCUGUGUGUGAUGCGUGAGCAUCGAGUUGUUGACUCCUAGCAAAAAAAUAUUGAAGUGUCUGCUUAAUCUCACUCUCCACUACUAUAAUUACAGCAGAGUAGGCGUCGGGUAGUAACUCAUGCUGCCGUUUGCUUGAACUUGCUAAAUAGUAUAAAAAACAGUGACAUGCCGAUGAGAUCCAAUUUAAAAAGGCAAAAUGCGAAUCGAUACUAACAUAUAAUUACCUUAAUAAUAAUAUUAACCUCUUUGCUCUUUGUAGAGCUUUUUCGCCAAGCUAAAGUGAAUAGCAGAUGUUUGAAAAUAAAUAACGUGCAAGAUAUUUUUUUAGUAAACUAAAGGCCCGAGCACGCAGAGUUGUGCAUAACACAUUGUAAUCACAUUGUGUAAAAAUAUAUUAGGUUGUGAGUGAUGAUCUUACGUACUAACUUAGUGUAAUAAUGUCACUGUAGAAGAGUUCUGCAUUGUAAAAUGCUGCUGGUAAAGUGAAUUGUAAUCGUCUCAAAUAUUUCGAUUAGUCAAAUCAUGUUAGCUAUUGUGAGUUUCCCAAUAUAAUUUAGAUUCAGUAUACAAAAAUUAAAAAACCAAUGAUUGAA